GAAAAAGCAAGAGAGACCACAUCGUCUAUGUCCACAUGAAUCUCCUCUGGGCCAUCUUUCUCCUCGACAUGAGCUUCCUCAUCGCGGUGCCCCUGGCUCCUACCGGAGGGGACGCGGCCUGCAAAGCUGGCGGGAUGUUCUUGCACUUUGCCAUGCUAGCGUGCUUGACUUGGAUGGCCAUUGAGGGGUACAGUCUCUACCGGCUGGUGGUCGAAGUCUUCAACUCCUACGUCAAGCAUUUGCUCCUCAAGCUUUGCUUGGUGGGCUGGGGUCUUCCCAUAUUCAUCGUGUGUCUAAUUUUUGUGAUCGACCAGUCCCACUAUGGCCCUUUCUCUUUUAAGAUCUACGAGACCGCCGGUGAAUACACCAAUUCAACCAUCUGUUGGAUUACCAAAAAGGAGAUCAACAAUUUCCUGAAUUUGGGCUAUUUAAGCCUGGUGCUUUUCUUCAACAGCAUCAUGCUGGCCACCAUGGUGUAUGAGAUUCUCAAGCUGAGACAUCGAGAGCAUCACUGGGGAUAUGUGGUAAUGCUCCUGGGUCUGAGCUGUGUCCUGGGCAUCCCGUGGGGGCUGGUCUUCUUUGCGUUCGCUUCUGGGACCUUCAAGCUGGUGGCCGUGUAUCUUUUCACCAUCAUCAACUCUCUCCAAGGCUUCUUCAUCUUCCUUUGGUACUUGGCCAAAGUGUUGCAGUCUCGCAGGUCGAAUUCCAUGCAAUGCACGACUUCCAACAGCUUGAAGUUCCAGUCCAGCAGCACCAGCAUCUGACCUUGUCCUGGCCAAGGGGACUUUGGAUAUGAAACGUUCAUAGGAGGAUUUUCCUGGAAACUUCUUUGGUGGACUUGGGUGACUUCAUACCUCUGAGUAGCUUAGAGACGACACUGAUCUGUUUUCCUUCAACAUUUGUACGGCUCUUUUUUGUAAUGUAAAUAUUUUUUUUUUUUAAAUUCCUCUGGUGUAAAAAGUUUAUGAGAAUACAUUGAAAUUUAAACUAUGUAUAUUAAAGGCAAAUUUUAUUAGUGCGGAUGUGAUUACAUCUGGAUAAACGUAGCUCAAAAUA